ACAAAUUCAUUGUCCAAGAUUUGGACGAAACUCACCUAUUCAUCGCUCCUGAAUAUUUAGAAGUUUUACAAACGAGAAUCGACGAUUUGAUGGAUAGGAUUAGUUUUCCUUUGGCUGAAAGGGAAACUGAUUAAAUCAAACUACAAUAUGAAUUCUUCCCAAAGGGAAUCAGCUCGUCAAAAGGAUGCCAAUUCCAGAAGGGUUCUGGAUGAGGCAGCUCGAAGGAGACGGGCAAGGAAAGCAUUGGAAGCACUAGAACAAGACAAUUUUCAUGAUGAUCCCCAUGCAAAUUUAGUACUAAGCAAAAAGAUCCCCAAGUUUGAAGAAUCACUAGAUGGUAAACAGACACGAAGGAGGAAAUCAAAAAAUUUUGAGAUUUUCAAACAAAGGUUUCGAAAAUCUUUUGCUCAGUUGUUGGAAGAGGAACAGAUGAAUCGACCAGAGCCUCCAAACUAUGUUUCAGCUCAAGUUCCACCUUCCAAGUUUCCUGAACGUCAUUUUUGUGCUGUGUGUGGAUUUAUUUGUAAUUAUACCUGUUUAUCAUGUGGCGCCAGAUAUUGUAGUGUAAAGUGCUUGGGAACGCAUCAAGAGACUCGCUGUUUAAAAUGGACCGCAUAAAAUUCCAAUGCUUUCAUCAAUUUUCAUUUCUUCAACCUUCUCGAUUACUGUUCUCGCUGUGUGAGAAAAUACACUUGAUGUUUCUAUAAA